AUGAAAGGAGCAAUAGAAUGUUUCAGUGAUUUUUUAGUUCUUGAAUGUUGUUUGUAAUAUCAGAAUGCUUAUUAAUUAUUGUAGAGCUUGGAUCUUAGAAAUAAUGAGUUUGAUUUGUCUGUCAAUUACUAUUGUUCUGAUUUUUAGGAAACAAUGCAGAAAAUUAUAGAGAAUUUCGACGAAAAUAUUAAUACUAAUUAUACUUUCUCUCAUUUGUAAGAUAUUAGUAAUAUUAGUUUAUUUUAUAUAUAAUUUGUAAAGAAUUCAUAGAACAUUUUAUUUUCUUGAGGAAUUGGCUUUUUAAGUAUAUUAAGCGUGCUUAAUAUACUAUUUUGGAAAAAAAUUAGUUGUAGGGUCAACUUAAAGAAGAAAUCUUAAUAUAAUUCUAAUUAUCUUUGGAGUUCUCAUAACCCUAGAUAUUACAACUUUUAUUAUGUCUGUAAUUGAAGCAAGAUCUAAGUAAGUGAUGUGUAAAUGUAAGUUUAAAUAUCUAAAAUUAGAUUAGAAAUUUCAUUUACAGUAUUCAGAUCUGUCAGCUUAUUAACAUAAAUAGGUUUUUUAGCAGUUGUCUAAAAAUUAAACAAAAGAUUUUAGUAAAAUAUUUAAAAUCUUCUAAUAAAUGAAUAAUAAACCAAGCAAUAAAAAUCUCAUUUUUUUUAGUUAAAGUAUUGAAUUUUACAAUUAUUAAGAAUCUUGUGUUAUAUAAGCCUGUUUGGAUCAAUAAUUUUGCUGAUAGUUAAUUUCUUAUAUAUGAUUUCGUCUGAUUGUAGAAUAAUUGGUCAUUUUGGAGAUGAAGGUUAUAAUUUCUCAGAUUCACUGAAUGCUUUGAUACAUGCAUUAGUAAAACUAUCUACAUAUUUUUUGCCAAUAAUUCUAACCUUAAUUUUAUUUAGAGCAAAAAGUAAAAAAGAAAUACGAAGAAAUUCUGUUUUUGAAGCAGAAGAUUUAAGUUAUCAAUCCUAUUUUUAAGGAUUAAGUUUACAAAGAUGA